AUGGGCGCUCCGGUGAUUCUGUGUGGAAAGACUGAGGCCGUUGGCACCGGCGUCAUCGCCAGCCUGAAGCCGGAAUUCGAUGUCAUCCACUUCGUGAUGACCCCCGAAGCCGGGGCCAAGCAAAUCCCGGCAAUCUUCAAAGGCGAGAAGGAGGUUGAGACGGACUCUUCACUGGGCAGCCACGACUACUCGCAGAAGCCUGUGGCUGUUAUUCUGGGCGGGGGCUACGACGAUGCAGGUACCGAGGUCAUGAUGAAGGCGGCGGCCGGCAUCCACCCCAUUCCCUGGCUGCGGCCGGAUCUGACCAAGCCUGCCCCACCCUUCGGCACCCCUGACUACGGCAAAGCGCUCGUCCAGCGCAUCAAGGAGCUGCUGGCGCAGCUGGAGAAGGAGGGCAAGAUGCACGAGGAGAAGGUGUGCUGGUAUUAA